CAUCAUCAAUCAACAACACCAGCCUUAAAAUCUCCUCUUUGUCAACUAUUACUGGUACAUUCCUCUUCUUUUUUGGACUCUGUCACCCACCAUUAAGAAAAUGGAAAGUUGUUGCUCUACAGCAAUAUCAUCAUCAUCUUCCUUCUCCUCCAUUCUCAGUAUUCAGCUUGAUCAACUGAAACUGCAGGGGGCUUCAUCAAAUGUUGGUAGAAAAUUUUCUAAGAAUUGUAUGCAGCCUCAGCAUCUGUCAUGUCCACUUCCUAAACCGUUUCUUCAACUUAAUGGCAGACCUAAGUGUUUUCUUUACCGACAAAGAUCAGCGUAUUUAUCUUCCAGAACGUACAAAGGGCCUAUAUGCGCAGAAAAGCAGGGUUGGGACUUGGGGAGAUUUUUGAAAACAUUAUACUUUUUCAAUGGACCACCUUCUCCUGCUAAGGUUGUUGAAUUCAUAAUUGGGAAAUUGUUCGGCCCGUCACCCGAAGAAUCAGCAAAGAAAAUGGAAACUGCUAGUUUCAUUCUGGUAGCUGGAGCUACUGGGGGCGUAGGAAGAAGAGUGGUUGACAACUUAAGGAAGAAAGGGUUGCCAGUUAAAGCAUUGGUGAGGAAUGAAGAGAAGGCAAGAAGGAUGUUGGGUCCAGAGAUUGAAUUGAUUGUUGGAGACAUUACGAAGGAGAGCACUCUGGCCCCUGAGUACUUCAAAGGAGUGAGGAAAGUCAUAAAUGCUGCUUCUGUAAUUAUUGGCCCAAAGGAAGGGGACACUCCUGACAGAGCAAAAUAUAGUCAAGGAAUCAAGUUUUUUGAACCAGAGAUAAAAGGUGCUUCACCUGAAAUGGUGGAGUAUAUUGGAAUGAAAAUUUUGAUUAAUGCUGUAAAGGAGGGUAUUGGACUUCGAAGUGGGAAACUGCUCUUUGGGUUUGAAGCAGGGCAGAGUUCAAAAGAACUUAGUUGGGGUGCUUUAGAUGAUGUUGUAAUGGGCGGUGUUAGUGAAAGUACGUUUCAGAUUGAUUGGACUGGUGGUGAAAGUGGUAAACCAACUGGGCUUUUCAAAGGCAUUGUUUCAACAGCAAACAAUGGUGGGUUUACUAGUAUCAGAACAAGGAACUUUUCCACACCAGAGGAUCUUUCGGCAUAUGAUGGUUUGGAGCUGCGGUUAAAGGGUGAUGGGCGUCGGUAUAAACUAAUUGUUCGCACUAGCACUGAUUGGGAUACUGUGGGUUAUGCAGCAAGCUUUGACACCAUUGGAGGCCAAUGGCAGUCUAUUUGUUUGCCGUUCUCUUCAUUGAGGCCUGUAUUUCGAGCACGGACUGCAUCUGAUGCCCCACCCUUUGAUCCAAGCAAUGUUGUAUCAUUGCAGCUCAUGUUCAGCAAGUUUGAAUAUGAUGGGAAACUGAAUCCCACUUUUGUGGAAGGACAUUUUGAGCUUCCAAUGUCAAGCGUAAGAGCAUACAUAAAGGAUCCUAUCACUCCCAGGUUUGUCCAUGUGAGCUCUGCAGGAGUUACUCGACCAGACAGACCUGGCAUUGAUCUGAGCAAACAGCCUCCUGCUGUUCGCUUGAAUAAGGACUUGGGCUUUGUCCUAACAUUCAAGUUGAAGGGUGAGGAUUUGAUACGGGAAAGUGGAAUUCCUUAUACAAUUGUUAGGCCUUGUGCAUUAACUGAAGAGCCUGCUGGAGCAGAUCUCAUUUUUGAUCAAGGAGACAAUAUAAUGGGAAAGAUAUCAAGGGAAGAAAUUGCGCGCAUAUGCAUUGCUGCCUUGGAAAGCCCAUAUGCAUGUGACAAGACAUUUGAGGUUAAAAGUGUAGUUCCAUUUAGUGAGUCAUUCACAGUGGACCCAGAAAACCCGCCCCUAGAGAAGGACUACAACAUUUAUUUUAAAACGUUGAAGGAUGGCAUUACAGGGAAAGAAAGUUUGGAACACAAGUGCCAUUGCAGUCUGAUGUUGAUGGCAAUAUCGCAUGGUAGGUCGCUUUCCAAAUUCCCUCAAAACUACUAUGAAUAUGAUGGGUGUCUCAGGGAGGGAUGGUGAUCACUUGAUUGCUGAAGCUCAUCACAUUAGACAUCUUAUUAUUGUUUACGUAUGUAAUAACUUCUCAAACACUACCUCCUAGGCCUGUACUCUUGGCUUUCUCCUUCUUUUUUCCCCCUUUUUCUGAACUAAACCUUGGUAGAUGCUGUUAAGCAAUGGUGUAGUAUGGUUCCCAUUGUAAAUAUUAGCGAGUGAAAUCUAAAAAGGCCUAUGUUGUUGCCUUCUUGGAG